UGUCAGGCAGGUGGCUGUUUGAUGGGCCAUGGAUCCCAAAGGGAAAAAGAGAAAAGUAACUGAGGAGAAAAGAGGAUUAAACAUUUCUUGGACCGAAACAUUUGCAUUAAUUGCAUUCAUCUUACAUGUCCGACGUUGAGGAGCUGACCAGUCAUGUCCGAAAGCAGAAGUCAAAUUAAACGGGUAAGAACACAAUCCUGUCAUAGGCAUAUAUUUUUUUAUACAGGCAUAUAUUUAGUAACAAAGUAGCUGUUUUUAUAAAGUGAUUUCUGAUUUUCGUCAGUAUAUAUUUGGAAUGACACUGCGUUUUUUGUUUUUGUUUUUUGCGUUUUGUUGCUCGGGUCCGAGUGUUACAGGCAUUUGACUUGGACAGCAAUGUGGGGUGAACUUGCAUGACCUUUGAACCAGGAAGUUCGUCCGGUAUGAAAUGCCUCGAGGCUGGAAUGUUUUUUGUUGUUUUUUUUAAAUAUAUAUUUUAUUACAAACUUCAAUUGUAGAAAACAGUUUAAGCAGAAAUACAGGACCCCCCUGGAAUGUUAAAAUAAAGGCUGGGGCACACCCCAUUUAAUAAUGAAGGCUCAUUAUGUAUUUGUUGCCAGCUUAGUCAUUUUGAUAGUAGGCUAAUAUAGCUAAUAUAGAUACAUACAGCAUGUGUUGUUCAUUAUAAGGCUUAUAUAAAGCUUUACAUUUUUUGCGGCUCCAGUUUUUUGUUCUUUUGGUCCGAUAUGGCUCUUUCAACAUUUUGGGUUGCCGACCCCUGGGCUAGGUGCUACGUGUUGUGUCAUUUCGUGUUAACACCGCGAUUACAAUGGUCUGUCUAAUGGUUACACAAAACAUAAAACACAAACAAACCUCAAGCUGUUUGCGUCAGUCUCCAUUGUGUGUAGUCAGCAUCAGGUUUUUAACUCUAGAGGCUGCACCUGAGCCCUGAUGUAGGGUUACUGCAGUAAUCAGGAGAGAGAGAGCGAGGGAGAGAGGGGUGGAGCAGCAAAGCAAACUUGGCUGCACACAGUGGCGGACGCAUACCACAAAUAGCUUUUGACCUGUCAAAGAAAACAGCUGACUGCAGACAUCUGAGGACAGCCGGCAUCAUUUCCGACAAAGACACUCUUCCUGAAAGAUGACUACAGCUGCCAGCUCCCACUUGAACAAGACUGUACGCCAGCAGUACAUGAUCCUUCCGCAGGGGGGUAAAUGUCAGGUGACUUACAUCUGGAUCGACUUUAAUGGACAGGACCUGCACAGCAAAACCCGGACCCUGGAAACUGAACCAAAAAGUGCUGACGAAAUUCCUGAAUGGAGCUUUUGUGAGAUAUGCAGACUGCAGCAGGACCAACCCUUCUACAGAGAAAUGUUCCUCAUACCGGUACGCAUGUUCCGAGAUCCAUUUACCCUUGACCCAAACAAGCUGGUUCUCUGUGAAGUUCUCAAGAGCAACCGCCUUCCUUCAGCAAACCAGCGAAUGAGCUGCAAGAAAGUGAUGGACUUGGUCAAAGAGCACCAGAUCUGGUUUGGCAUGGAACAGGAAUACACACUCUUGGGAAUGGAUGGACACCCGUUUGGUUGGCCUCAAUGGGGAUUCCCAGCACCACAAGGCCCCUACCACUGCGGAGUGGGAGCAGACAAAGCUGUCGGACGGGACAUUGUGGAUUGCCACUACAAGGCAUGCCUCUACGCCGGGAUCAGACUCUAUGGAGCCAAUGCUGAAGCGAUGCAAUCCCAAUGGGAGUUCCAGGUGGGUCCCUGCGAGGGUAUUGAGAUGGGAGAUCAACUGUGGGUUGCACGCUUCCUGUUGCACCGUGUGUGUGAAGACUUUGGGGUCCUUGCCACAUUAGACCCCAAACCAAUGAAAGGAAACUGGAACGGUGCUGGCGGACACAUAAAUGUCAGCACCAAGCAGAUGAGAGAAGAAGGAGGACUGCGAUACAUCGAGCAAGCCAUUGAGAAGCUGAGCAAAAGACACAUGGAGCACAUUAAAGUGUACGACCCAAACGGAGGUCAGGACAACAUGAGACGGCUCACGGGUCAUCAUGAGACCGCCAACAUCAACGAAUUCACUGCUGGAGUUGCCGAUCGGUUCGCCAGCAUCCGCAUUCCUCUCCAGGUGAGCUAUGACAAGAAAGGCUACUUCGAGGACCGCCGCCCUGCAGCAAACUGUGAUCCAUACCUUGUGACCAAAGCCAUAGCAAGCACCUGCCUGAUUGAUGAUGAGGAAGCAGGCAAAGGCAGUUAGAUGAAUUGGCAAGUGUUAGUGGUAAUGUUGACAGAAACAUUGAUUGGUAAUAAAUGCAGUAGUACAGAAUUCAUAAGAAUACCUUCAUUAAUGAUCAUGGUGGAAGAGCAAAUUAAUAAAUGUAGCACGUAGGAAUACAGAAAACGCAAGCAAACUGCUGUAAAAACAUUUAUUUUGAUACGUGGCUCGCUCCUCCCUCUGCAAAACCCUCCUGCGAACGUCCUCUUCAAUUCUUGGAUUAACAUUUCCAAUAAACUUUUCUAAGACUAAUCUAAGAAUUACCUUUUGUAAUUCCAUCCAUCCAUUUUCGAUACCGCUUAUCCUCACAAGGGUAUGCUGGAGUCUAUCCCAGCUGAGGCGGGGUACACUCUGGACUGGUCGCCAGCUAAUCACAGAGCACAUAUACUGUAGACCAGUGUUUUUCAACCUUUUUUGCGUCAUGGCGUGUUAAUUACGUUGGAAAAAUCUUGCGGAACACCACUAACCAAAAAUGUUAUGUUAAUCUGUACAGUAUGUUUAAUUGUAUAAAAUAUGUGUAAAAGUGAUAUUGGAUAAUUCCUCACGGCACAUACAUGACUGCAUAUACAUACAUAUGUAUAUACAUACCAGGGGU